AGGGUUAUCUAUGAAACAGUCGCCUUUUCUUGAUGAGACUGUUCUUCUGGUUUUAACCUUAUAGGUGUCUCACAUCAUUUUCUGUCUCCAAAAUGUAAUCUAAGUUUAGUACUCUCCGAUUUUAAUGUUGGUUCUAACAACCGUCUUAAAGUUAAAGCUUGAUCACUAUGGCAUCUACAAAAAACAAAAAGGCCAAGCUGGAACAAGACCGCCUAAGAGCACUUUUUCGCACCUACGAUGCGGACAACUCAGGACGGAUUGAAAAAAAUGAAUUUUCCACCAUUUGUCAGGAGCUCCAGGUCCCAUCUGAAGAAGCAGAAGGCAUAUUUAGCCGCCUGGAUGCUGAUGGUGAUGGUACAAUUACCUUAGAGGAGUUCCUCAGUGGAUUGCAAGACCAAGGUCAGAAGAAUAAAAUUGAAGAAGGUGAGAAGUCUGUACCAUUGGAGGAGUUUUCUAUCAACAAAGAACAGGUCAUGAUCAGCAACCCACAGCCUUCUGCACAGGGUAUGAGCGCUGACGAGAAGGACCGGCUGCGCGCCCUCUUUCGCGCGUACGACGUCGACAACUCCGGGCGAAUCGAGAGAAACGAGUUCCUGACGAUCUGCGCCGAGCUGCAGGUGUCAGCGGCUGAGGCGGACAGGAUAUUCCAGAGGUUAGACGUGGAUCAGGACGGAACCGUCACUCUGCAGGAGUUCAUCUACGGCUUUCACGACCGCUACGGAGAGAACAUGGAGUCAGACGGAGGACAAGUGUCCAUCGCCUGGGACACCUUCGAGAAGAGGCUAGGGGACCAGGCCAAGUUCAUCCCGAGGCACGAACAGGCAGCCACUUUGUACCAGAACAUCAGCCUGACUGAGCCCAGACUGAUUCCUCAGUUUGAGAAAGUCAUCGUUAAUUUCACCAAAGAGAUCAAGCAGCAGAACUCAGAGAUGGAGAAUCUGGCUCUUGCCAUCAAGAGAGCACAGGACCAAGCAUCAAUGCAGCUCAGCGAGAUGGAGGAGGAGAUGGACCAACGAAUCCAGGCUGCAGAGAGGAAAACACAUGAGCAGGAGAAGAAGAGAAUGGAGGCAGCACUGAAUGAGUUGCGAAGGCAAUACGACACUGAAGUGUGUGAGCUUCAGUGUAAAAUCCAGAGGAUGCAGAUGAUAGAGGAGAAAUACAAGAACAUCACCGUCAAAGAUGAGAGCCCAGCUUUGAAGAAGAAGAUCAAUGAGCUAACGCUGGAAAACCAAAGGUUAAAACAGGAGCUGCUGAAGUCUCAGACCAAGGUUGCAUGUCUGCAGAGUGAGAUGGAUGGAUUAAAGACAGAGCUAACUGAUCAAAGCAUGAACUCUGAACGAGACGAGGAGCUCAUGAAACAGUUCUCAGACGAGCGAGACAUCCUGGAAAGUCAGAUUGAGAUUCUGCAGACAGCCAACAGGAAGCUGCACGACAGCAAUGAUGGUCUGAGAGCAGCUCUAGAGAAGAUCACAAGGUCUGGUAACGGUGGAUCCCCUGGAGACAUCAAGAACAGAAUCAGGAGUAAAAGCAUCUGUUACCCAUCACCACAUGCAUUAUUAGACAGGCUCGGUCAGCGUUUAGAUGAUUUCCCACUGUACAGCCGAAGGCCAAGUUGUGACACUCUGGCCUUGGCCAUUUGUGACCCUGGGCUGAGGCGCAGGAACAGCAGUGAGUAUGAAGAGGACAGCCUACCUGAGAUCUACAUGGACAGCGGCAUGUCUACGCUAAGAGGCUCACAUGGCGGCUUCGACUGGGAGCAAGAAGUUAAGGGUCAAGAUGAGGAAGAAGAGGAGAAAAGGAAGGAUGUUCAUGACAACAAUGACAGCAUUCUGGGAGAAAACUCUGACACAGAGGUAGCAGAGACCCAGGAUGCAGAGUCAGCAAUUGGCUCAGACUGCAGCUCAAUUUUGGAUUGGAAGCCCAAUGACGGGCCCAGUGUUACUACACCUCCUGCCCCAACAAUGAAGAAAACUAUCAGCGCCAUCAGUGUUAAGAACGAUGACAAGGAAAAUGCCGACCUUGGCUACAUGACCUCAGAAAAGGCCUAUAGGAUUGUAUUAGCUGGAGAUGCUGCUGUGGGAAAAUCCAGCUUCCUGCUUCGCCUCUGCAAGAAUGAAUUUAAAUUAAACUCCAGUGCUACUCUGGGAGUGGACUUUCAGAUGAAGACACUCAUAGUGGAUGGUGAACCAGUUUUAUUACAAUUAUGGGACACUGCAGGACAGGAGAGGUUUCGCAGUAUUGCCAAGUCUUAUUUCAGACGUGCAGAUGGUGUACUCUUGUUGUACGAUGUCAACUGUGAGAAAAGCUUCCUGAAUGUUAGAGAAUGGGUGGACAUGAUUGAGGAUGUGUCGCGUGAUGAUAUUCCUAUCAUGCUCGUGGGUAACAAGUGCGAUCUUCGACGAGACGGAGAUGGCUGUGUUCCUACAAACUAUGGACAAAAGCUUGCCAUGACAUACAACACACUAUUCUGUGAAACCAGUGCCAAGGAUGGCUCCAACAUCCUGGAGGCUGUACUGCACCUGGCCAGGUUGGUGAAAAAGCAGGCCACCUUUGAGGAGAAAAUGCAUCCGUCACUGCCAAGCUUGAGUACUCCAAAGAAUAAAACAAAACUCUCUUGCUGCACCUGAUCAUAUACCCCCAUGCUGAACCUCCUCGCCUGUCCUCAUUUGAAAAAUAAAAAGAGAAUAACUGCAGAAACCAAACAAAUCAGACACAAACAAUUAGCAAGAAACACACAAACAGGUUGUCAUCAACAGCCAGAGCUGUUUUAUUUAUGGACAAUGUGGCAGAAACAAGAUUCAAUUGGUGGAUGUCAGAGCUUUUCAGUGACUGUAAAUGUUUGGUUUGUGAAAAAUAUACUCAUGAUUAUUAUUUUUCUUUUGGGGGUAGGGGGGCUUUUCGACAUAUUUAUAGGGCUUUUUUUUUUUUAAUCAGUCAAAAUUUUAACCCAAAGAGGAGCUGCAGUGAAGCAUGUAUGAGGAGUUGAAAAAUCAAGUAAGUGGAUGUGAAAAUAAUGAAAUAAUGAUAAAAGAUAAUAUAAGAGGCACAAAUAAAGCUUUAAACACUGGUUGCAAAACACAGAAAGUGUUGAAAGUGAAAAGAAUAAUGAGACUAAUCUAAGAUGGCGAUGUGCAGCUUACUUGACCAUAUUUUAUGGUUUCAGGUACCAUGUUGCAAAACGUCAUUAAAAUAAUACCAAACAGUGUUAGAUUAUUCUUCCUUGUAGAGUUUAUAGCUGUAUUGUUGCUUUAAAUAUUAGGAUUGUUCUAAGUAGUAAAUAAAAGAUAUUAAGAAAAGUAGAACAGCGUACAGACUGUUAACUGUAAAAAAGCUGUACACAAAUUUAUUGUAAAAAAGACAUGCAUACAUACUUUCCAUUUUCAGUGCCAGAAAGUGACACAUGUAUAUUUUAGAUUAAAAGUUUGCAAAAUAUUUAAAACCCAAAAGUUCUGAAGACUCAAAUCACUUUUUUUCAAAGACUCUCCAAAAAAACUUAAAUUGUUCCACUUCCUAACAAUACAGCAUAAAAAAAGGAGCUGUUAAUGUUUGCUCCAAUGCUGACAGAGAAGAAAUCCGGUAGAGAGAGCAAUGGAAGUAAAAUAGUGGUAAUCCAAGCUCAGCAAAACUAAGCAAAGCUAAACACAAAAAUAAAAAAUAGAAACAGAAGCAGAUGUGAUUAUCAAAUAAAUGGAAGCAGCUGAGUGGGAAACAAGGAGAAUGAGGGCCCAUCUCAUUCGUACAGACUGGAUAGUUAAUUUAGCAUAGAAAUGUUUGCUGAUGUUUCUGUCCCCCAAAGAGGAGCUUUACAGUAUCCCACAAUUCUUUGCUUGACAGGAUUUACAGGAAGAGUCCACUGGUUAGAAAAUACCAGAUGGAUUAAAUCCCAACCAGGGUUGUUUCUGGAUAGAGUGUCAAUGUUCCCUCCAGGUUCCAUAACCACUUAAAAACACUUAAAUCACUUUUAUUGAAUAUGUCAAGGACCAAGCAGUCAUUCAAACAACAAACUUGUUGAAAAAAUAGCCUCCGUUUAUUUUUGCCAUGGUACUAACAAGCAAAGUCCAUCAAACAACUCAAAAUUCAGAAAAAAUGGGCCCAAAAGAAGAUAACAACUAAGACCAAUCUAACCAAGGAUAAGAAACCAAUGAACACAUAGGCUAGAGUAUUUAAACACAUAGGCUAGCCAAUAGACAACAAGGAGGGGAGAGAAAAAACUCAAGACAAACAAUAAAUAAAGCUAUACAACUAAGUCAAACCUACAAAUAACAACUGCAACACAAUUAUGAAACUAAGACAUUCAAACACCACAAUAUAUUUUCGAACAGUAGAACUUUGAGUGUUUAACAGCUUCUCCAGAGUCAAGUCCCCCCAGUGUCAGCGGCUUCUUGGAUUCCUCCACUUCCUGGUGUUACACCUUAUAUGUUCCCCUGGCUAAUUCAUUCAACCUCAACAAAAUAAAAAAAAAACAGUUGGGGAUCUUCAAAUACUGUCCAUCGGGUGUAAAUGUGU